AAUGAAGCGAAUGCUGAAGAGAUGAUCUCGCUGGACUGGGACCUUGUCAUGAUGGGGGCAUGGACAUUUGGACUUGGAACCAUUGGUGCAGCAGUUGCUGGAUUAUUUUUGGCCAACACAGAUAUUUUUCUGACAAAACCAGAGAAAGUCACAGUGAACUAUUUGGGGGAGACAGAUCUUCAGACUAUUACUAAAGAACAAAGGGUAUUCAAGGCUCGUGAACUCUGGGAAAAAAAUGGUGCAGUUAUCAUGGCAGUAAGACCAGGAUGAUUUUUGUGCAGAGAGGAAGCAGCUGAGCUGUCCUCUCUGAAGCCCCAGCUUGACCAGCUGGGAAUUCCCCUCUAUGCUGUUGUAAAAGAAAACAUCAUGACAGAAAUACAGAAUUUCCAGCCGUAUUUUAAUGGGAAGAUCUUCCUUGAUGAAAAGAGGCACUUCUAUGGACCUCUUAGCCGUAAAAUGGGAUUGAUGGGUUUUGUACGUGUAAGUGUUUGGCAGAACUUUUUACGGGCCUGGCAGAAGGGUUACAAAGGCAAUUUGGAUGGAGAAGGCUUAAUCCUUGGAGGUGUGUUUGUCAUUGGUGCCAGGGAACAGGGCAUUCUGCUAGAACACCAUGAGAAGGAAUUUGGGGAUAAAGUUAAUAACACAGCUGUUUUGGAGGCUGCAAAAAGAAUCAGAGCACAGCCUUAACUAAUGUGAAAAGAAUUAUAUCAGAAAAUAAGUCAACAAUAGAAAAAUAUUUCCAGCAUGUGUUUGUCUGUCUCACCCUAAAAAAGUAUUAUUUUGCAGUAUAGGUUUUAGUUUGCAAGUCACUCAAAAGUUCUUAGUUGUUUUCACUGUAGUAAGUACUAAAUGUAUGUAAAACUUAACAUGUGAGUAAGUAUUUCUGUAAAUGUUGUGGUGGUCUGCGAGAGCUGUAAUUUUUCUUCAGCUGAACUGUUCUGCAUCAGUGCCUGAGCUUAACUGUUGCUUAUGCAUGGAGGUGCUUUUCAAGGUUGUCAUCUGUAGCUAAUUUCCAGUAUGUUUCAUCUGGCAGUAUACAGAAUGUGUUCACCACAAGACAGCUGCAGGUAAUUUUUAAUAUAUAAAAUAGAAGUGCAGACCUAAAAAUAUCAGUGUAUAGCUGUUAGGAUUGUAAUGGCAGGGGAAAGAACGUUAAAAGUAGUACACUGACUACAUUGUGUUUUUCAAUGAAAAACUAACUGGGCAUUUUGUAUUAAAGACUAGUAUUUUCCCAUUACCACUUGUGUAAUCUGAAGCUUUCUACUUCACUUUGAUCCCAUUACUGUCACUAAAAUGAAAAGUAAUAGAGAAUGUUGUACCCAGUUAAGAGGUAUUCAGAGAAGGGUGAUUUCAAAUUAAAAUCAGAUAGAGCAAAGGUAUUGUUAACGACAGCACAUUAUUAAAUCUUAAGUGUGACUAGUCAGAUUCACAGAAAAGAGUUAUGGCAUUUCUUUUAAAUUAUUCAGAUAAGCCUACUUCUUUUCCUUUUAGAAGUGACAUAGGAAUGUUUGAUUAAACAACUUGCUUACAGUCACAUGGUAUGCAAAUCGAGAAUAAUGGAAUCCCAUGUAGGGUUUCACCAUGGCCAUGAUAAGUGUCCAUGAGGAUCAUUUCAUUGGCAUAACACAUGCAGGGGGUACAAUUGAGGUUAAUGAGAAAUGCAUUCAGAAAUAAUAUAAAUAACAGUAGUCCAUAUACUGACCCUUGAGUCAUCAUUUUUCUUGACUGCUUUGUCUAGCAUUUAGGUAACCCUUUCCUUGACUUUGGUCCAGGUCAUGAGCCCUGAGGUGUACCUCUUUAUUGAUUCUUUUGUCUGGGUGUUAGCUUUGAGGUUCCCCUGUCUUGAUGGUUUGGCCCAGGUGCUGAGCCUUGAUGAACCUCUUUCAUUAUUGGUUGGCAUAGGUGCUGAGUCUUGAGAAACAACUUUCUUUACUACUUGGCACAUGUGCUGAGCUUUGAGGAGCUCCUUUUUUAUUGUUGGCACAAGUGCUUAGCCUUGAGGAACCCCUUUCUUUUCUGUUUGGCACAAGUGCUGAGUCUUGAAGAACCCCUUUCUUUACUGUUUGGCACAGGUGCUGAGCCUUGAGGAGUCCUUUUCUUUACCGUUUUCCACAGCCUUGAAGUAUUCCUUUCUUGAUGGGGAAGACCAGCUUUGCUGUUUAUUAAAGCUCUCUGAUUACUCUGUUCAGAAUGCUGAAGAGGUAGCUCAGCACAUUGUUCAUUGGUUACACAUUUUGAGACCAGGCAGAUGUUAUGUUUAUCUGCUUAAUUAAAUGCUUUGGUUAUGUCUAGGAGAAUGACCCCCUUUUAACUCUUCUUUGUCUAUAACUUGUCAUGUCAUGAUAGUAGUGAGCAACUACUAUGUCCUUUUCUAAAGUCUUUGUCACUUAACUAGAUUUAGGCAUCAACAUGAUUAUUGACAUGGCAGAGAUUUCUCAAGAAUUUUGGACAACAGCGAACGUCAAUCGGAUAGGCCCUGAAGGCAUGUGCUCUGCUAUAUAGCUCUUUGGGUGCUAAAUUUAUAAUGCUAGCAAUUUGUGUCUUUCAUUUUAAGUGUCUGAUGAAAGAGAGCCUUGCUGCAAUAAAUGGUCAUGACUGAUGAAUUUAGAUCACAUUCUCACUGACCUUGCUUGACCAUAAUGAGGCAUAUUUUUAUUUAUUCACACUGUAGAUUGUUAUUCAUGUGAGUUUAAAGUCAGUGGAAAACAAACAAGCCUUCUGCUGUUUAUCCAGUGUUCUGUCCUUGUACAAUGACUGCCCUGGCUAUGGAAAGUAACAAAAUGUUGUUGCGGUAUUAGGUUCUACUACCUGCUGCACACUUAAUUUUACAUUUGAGUAGUUUCCUAUUUUAGUCUUCAAGUCAAAUUGUUAAUCUCCUUCUAGAAACUUUUGAGUUUUCCAAGUAUCUAAUGAGAAGCAAAAAGUCUAGCUAGGUUCAUAGGUGAAUACUAGGCUAGGGAGUACUGGGGCCUUUGUAAGCCCAGCCAUGCACCCCAUGCCGCUGAUAAAUUCUGCUAUGCUUGGUAGUGUAAGUAGUUAAGAGGUAACGAACAAGACGUGGGUUUUAUGUAGAAGUAAUCCUGCAACCAUCUCACUUUGCAGAAAAAGCUGAUGCUCAUUAAGAAAAGAAGCAGUAGAACUUUAUGAUGUUAGUAUACUUUGGGGUUGGUGUUCUGGACAAAGAAAUUGUAACCCACAGUACUUGGUUAUUCAUUUAUGAAGUUUGAGACAUUCUAAGCAGGCUGUUCCAUGCUUUGUCAUUUACCUAUAAGCAUUGAGAUAGUGCACACACAAUACUGUGUUUGGUCAUUCAUUGAUGAGGGUUGAUAUAUACUAGAAAACUGUUACGAAAUGUUUACUUUCAGAAUGGACUCUACAGUAGUAAUUUAUAGUAUAGUAUUUUCAUAAAUGGCUAAAAAAAGUUGCUUAAAACACUUUAUUAUAUUUUUUGUCAUUAAUGUAUUCAAUUGUUUGUUUUGUCACUCAGCAGCAGACUAGGAACCUGUUGCAUUAAUGAAAGUCUGAGUCUAAAAUCCCAUGAGUCAGACUGGAUAUCUGCAACUGUACACCAUUGUGGUGCUGGAUGGCAAGACUUCUAGAAGAUCUCUUAAAAUGACCCUGGAAUAAACUUUCUUUCUGCUUUUUGUCUGCAA